GAAAAACAAUUUGCAAUAGUUGUGGGCUAUGUUUAUAAAGACUACUGUGAAUUUAGCAUGUCUCAGAUGUAUUUCUUUAAAAUUGUGGGAUGGAUGUAGACAUUCUGUCGCUCAGCUGGUUUGGUUGUAAUUCAGGUAGUUCUCUUGAUUCCUGGACUUAACAGGCUUACUAUAAAGAGAUACAAAAAGAAACUGAUGCACUACCUUUUGUUUUUUAAGAUACUAGUUAUUUUCAUCUGUGUAACAACUAUUUUAGUGGAUAUUCACACAAUCUAUGAAUUCACUGCUUCACGUAUGUAUCUUUCAUCCUUGGGCAUUUGCCUGAAAGUAAUUUGCCACACAUGUGACAAAAGAAUGCUCACGUCUAGAAAUUUUAUCUGUGCAAGUCAAAAUCUUUCAGAUCUUCUUACUUCAGAAAUUCUUGCUUUGUACGAGUUCUUAUAAAGAUGUGGGUACUGGUUUGCAGAGGUGGUGUCAAUGGAACCCGUACCUUUACAAAACAUUUCCAGGCAUUUAUUCUACUGCUUCACUUUUAUUUCACCAAUUCCAAACAGUGGAGAUUAAGAGAUGUUAGAGGUUCUGAAUCAGGUAAAAAACACAGUAACAGAAUCUGGAGAAACUGGCCUAUCUCCUUCUAUUUUCCAUGUAUUCCUAGUGGUAGUGAAAUGGACAUGGAGCUAACAUGACAAAGGAAAACUAAUGAAACUGAUGUUCUGUUUCCUUAAUGGUUCAGACGGUCUCAGAGGGUGCAUCCUUCAAAAGCUGUCUUCAUGCAAGCAUCCUAAGUAUCAUGAUACAAGAUUUUGAGCUGCUGUAGCUGGAAAUUCCUCCUUACCUGGACUAGAGUAAGCUUCGUGAUUACUUCUGAGUGGAGCUGGAGUUAAAAAUUGUGUCCUUAGUAACAGGAUUUGGAAGCUGUUUAUAAAAAGCGUGUGAACUUUUAUUUUCACAUUUUCAAAACUUACAAUACAAAUCCUGUAUCUCAUAGUGCUAGUUAACUAUGGAACCAAGGGAGAGAAUAUAAUUUUCUUGGUCACUGGAGGAAGCAACAGUAUAGGAAACUGGUGAAGAGGCUAUCAAAUUAACCUGCCCGCAGGCAGACUCAGUUGGCUUGACAGAAAGUAAGAAUUAGGUAGUAGUUAACAAGCUGUCUUUGUAUACUUUGUUUAAAAAAGUUAAUGACUGAUAGCUAGACAAUUCAGCAAUACUGAAUCAUUGCAUUACUGAUCAUACAUUGGUGGCAAGGCUGACUUUUGGCCUACUGCAACAAGGAAGUCAUUUCAGAAUACUAAUUUUUGAGUUGGUUGGAAUCAGAAUCCAGAAGGAAUGGGUUUUUUAAGUAAAACUCAACAGAUAAUACACUCUCCUGCAUCUAGCUACUCCAUCUUCUGCAGCCAUUUGAAUAAGAACUAGUAACUAUUUAUUCUAAUAUGUUUGUAUGCUCCAUUUGCUUUUUGGUUUUCCCAGCUUCUCUGCCUGUUUGAUAGUUCUCUAUUUCAGUUAGUACUCUAGUCAGGGUUCUGGAUACAAGUUCGAUACUCCAGUCUUCCCUUUAUUUAGUGUCAUAACAGGAGGAAAUCACAGACCUCUUUGGCCUCUUCUUUUAUUUUCUCUUUGAAAAUGGUCCCCUCCUUGUCUUAAAUAUCAGGACAGUGGAGGGAGAGGAAUGUAAAUACAUUCAUUCACAACUUUCUGAAGUCUUUCUUGAUCACAUAAAUAAAUGGUUUUGCUGAAGUUUUUUUAGCUUUAAGUAUUACUUUCUCUCUAAAUUUUCUGCCAGUUUUUAAAAAUUUGAAAUAAAACCUUUUUGAGAGACUUUUCCUCUGAAGGUUUUGGUCCUUAACAGAAGAUCCAGUAAAACUUGCUUUACAAAAAUAGAAGUUGGAAUGAAAAGUGAUCAUUCUUGAUCCAGAGCAAAAGGAAAUGUUGAUUGAAGUGAUAGAAAAGCUUUUGAAGGAUAGAAGUACGCUGGUAGCUGGGAGUGUGGUGAUGGCGUUUGAGGAAGUGUGUCCAGAUAGAAUAGAUCUGAUUCACAAGAACUACCGAAAGCUCUGUAACUUGCUGGUUGAUGUGGAAGAGUGGGGUCAAGUUGUUAUAAUCCACAUGUUAACUCGGUAUGCGCGUACCCAGUUUUUAAGUCCAUGGAAGGUUGAUGAAGUGGUGGAUGAAUACAGUGAAAAUAAUUUCUAUGAAUCUGAUGAAGAACAGAAAGAGAAGGAACAGAAACUUAAAACCACCUAUACUAUGGAUCCAGAUCACAGACUGCUGUUACGAAAUACAAAGCCCCUGCUUCAGAGCCGAAAUGCUGCUGUGGUAAUGGCAGUUGCACAGCUUUACUGGCAUUUGGCACCAAAAUCUGAAGCUGGUAUUGUUUCUAAGUCACUGGUGCGUUUACUCCGUAGUAACAGAGAGGUGCAGUAUAUUGUCCUGCAAAAUAUUGCCACUAUGUCAAUUCAGAGAAAGGGCAUGUUUGAACCUUAUCUGAAGAGUUUCUAUGUUAGAUCAACUGAUCCAACUAUGAUCAAAACACUCAAGCUUGAAAUCAUGACAAAUUUAGCAAAUGAAGCCAACAUAUCAACUCUGCUUCGAGAAUUUCAGACUUACGUGAAGAGCCAAGACAAGCAGUUUGCUGCAGCUACAAUUCAGGCAAUAGGCAGAUGCGCUACUAACAUCACCGAAGUGACUGACACGUGCCUCAACGGCCUCGUCUGUUUGCUCUCCAACAGGGAUGAAAUUGUAGUUGCUGAAAGUGUUGUUGUCAUUAAGAAACUGCUGCAAACUCAGCCGGCACACCAUGGUGAAAUUAUUAAGCAUAUGGCCAAACUCUUGAAUAACAUUACAGUUCCAGUAGCCAGAGCCAGCAUCUUCUGGCUCAUCGGUGAGUACUGUGAACGUGUUCCAAAGAUCGCACCUGAUGUUCUGAGGAAGACAGCCAAGAGCUUCACGAAUGAAGACGAUCUUGUAAAGUUGCAGAUCUUAAACUUGGGUGCAAAACUCUACUUAACAAAUUCAAAGCAGACAAAAUUGCUUACCCAGUAUGUAUUAAAUCUGGGCAAGUAUGAUCAAAGCUACGACAUCAGAGACCGUACAAGAUUUAUUAGGCAGCUUAUUGUUCCGAAUGAGAAGAGUGGAGCUUUAAGCAAAUAUGCCAAAAAAAUAUUUCUGGCGCAGAAACCUGCCCCUUUGCUUGAGUCUCCUUUUAAAGAUCGGGAUCAUUUCCAGCUUGGCACCUUGUCUCACACACUGAACAGCCGAGCCACUGGGUACCUGGAGCUGUCUGACUGGCCAGAGGUGGCACCUGACCCCUCUGUCCGAAAUGUCGACGUGGCUGAGUCGGCAAAGGAAUGGACUGGAAUUCUAGGCAAGCCAAAGAAGGAGAAACCUACUGAAAAGUUCUACUCUGAAUCAGAAGAGGAGGAAGAUGAGUCUGCCAGUACCAGUUCAUCGGGGAGUGGGUCUAACAGUGAAAGUGAGAAGGAAGAUAAAGAGGAAGGCAGCACUGAUGAGAGUAGUGGGAGUUCCUCUCCCAGUGAAGAAUCAACUGACAGUGAAUCAGACAGCAAAGAAAGUGCUGCUAAGAAAACAUAUAGGGCUGUCAAUGAAAGUGAUUCGGAGGAUAUUAAAAAGAAAGCAGAGGGGAUUUCCAAAAAGAGAAGCACAUCCAGUUCCUCUGAUACAGAAUACACUUCAUCAGAUGAAAGUUCUUCAGGAUCCAAGUCAGAAUCUGACUCUAAAAGUGACUCUGAGCCUGGAAAAUCUAGAAAUGCUACCUCUAAUAAGGUUAAUAAGAAAGAAGAAAAACCAGUGCAAGAAAGAAAGACUCCAAAAAACCAAGACAUGUUUCUCUUAGAUUUAGAUGAUUUUUGUUCUGUAACAACUCCUGUGGCAGUUCCUACGGCAGCUGUUUUGUCCCCAAGUUUAGCAGCAGACCUAGAGGGAUUAAGUCUGUCAAGUUCAUCAGUCAUUGAUGUCACUAAGCAAGUCUCUGUGUCAACAAAAACACAUGAACUGCUUCAUCGAAUGAGUGGGAAAGGAUUAGCAGCCCAUUAUCACUUCUCAAGACAGCCAGGCAUUUUGGGUGAUCAUAUGGUACCUGUGCAAGUGACAGUAAUAAAUACAACUGAUCAGAAGAUAGAGAACAUUCACAUUGGAGAGAAGAAAUUACCUCCAGGCAUGAGAAUGCAUGAGUUUAAUCCAAUAGAGUGUCUUGAGCCUGGAGGAUCCAUUAUUGCUACAAUGGGGAUUGACUUCUGUGAUUCUACCCAGACAGCGAGUUUCCAGUUAUGCACAAAGGAUGAUCACUUCAAUGUUAACAUUCAACCCCCUGUUGGAGAACUGCUCCUGCCUGUCACUAUGUCAGAGAAAGAUUUUAAGAAAGAGCAAGGAAUGCUGACAGGAAUGAAUGAGACAUCUACUACAAUAGCUGUUGCUCCACAGAACUCUACUAGACUUGUAAUAAUUGAGAGAGUAGUGAAAGCAGCUAACCUGGGUGUAGUUCCUUCUGGUCAAGAUAACAUACACAGGUUUGCAGCUAAGACUGUACACAGUGGGUCACUGAUGCUAGUCACAGUGGAGCUGAAGGAGAGCUCUACAGCACAGCUCAUCAUAAACACUGAGAAAACUGUGAUUGGUUCUGUUCUGCUGCGGGAGCUGAAGCCUGUCCUGUCCCAGGGGUAACCUGCUUACAUCUGGACUUCAGAAUCUGGCACACAACAAAAGUGCCUGGCAUCCACUACUGCUGCCUUUCAUUUAUAAUAAUAGCCCUUCCAUCUGGCAGUGGGGAAAAAAUACACUCUUGACAUUCUUGUCUUCUGCUUUAGAAUGCUAGUGCGUAUCUAUCAUGUAUGCAAGUCCUUUCCUUUUUUUCUGCUUGCUAACCAAAGAACAUAUAUUUUACUGUCAGUUAUCUGCGCUUUUAAAUGUAUUUCCCAUUUGUUCCACCCUAGUCCUUCCCUCUCUCUUCCCUUCCCCCACUACCUUCCUUCCCCAUCAGCUUCCACUCCCCCCAUAGUGGACAAGUACUAGGUAAUAAAGUUCAAUGGAAAUCACACUGCUUGAAAACUGAGUUCAAAUGGCAGGUGGGUUCCAGCAACAUACACAAUGAGUAUGUGGUUCAGAGAGAAUUUUGGCAUGUGAAAAAACAGUAAGUACAGCAAAAUGGUUUUCUAGAAAUGCUUGUUAACCUGAACUCUACUGAGAACAUUGUUCCUACCUACUGUCAUUUUCUCAAAUAUUUUGUUAAGAUGCUAAUAAAGUAGUGCCUAUGAACAGAG